AUGUUCCCUCAAACGCAAUCAUCGGCCAUGUCGCCGUACCCUAGUCAUGAUCUCUCUGAGUUUCCUAAAACUCUCAAAGGAAAGCGCAUACUCCUUUGUACAGAGUCCUUUGGCCCUGUCAACGGCGUUAGCCGUACGACUUUGAUGCUUGUCAACCAUUUGCGAGCGAACGGAGCUCAGGUUGCGGUGGUCGCGCCACACAAUCAUACAGAACACAACACCUUCACUCCGCCUCCGUCGCCCACCUUGUCUGCUGCAGAUAAACAACCUGAAGUCAGAGUGACUGGAUAUCCUCUUCCAUUCAACCCAGAGCUGUCUAUUGUGUACCCGGUGCGCAACUCAACACUAUUCUCGAAAACAUUUGGCGACGACUCUCCUCCCGAUCUGAUCUAUCUGGCGUCGCCUGCAAGCCUCGGUUUCCAAGUAAUGCUCCAGCUACGACAGCAGCCCAGAGAGAAACAGAUACCGGUAAUUUGCAAUUUCCAAACUGAUCUGGCCGGUUAUUGCUCGAUUCUCUUUCCCGCGCCUCUAAGCCAUGUCGCCGUGUUUGCGUUUGCGGCUGUUCAGAGCUACUUGUUCAGUCACUCCUCGAUCAAAACCAUAUUCUAUCCUUCCAGUUUCGUGAAACGAUACUUGGUUGGCCAGAACGUUCCAGAGAACAAACUCGAACUCCUGACACGAGGUGUUAAUACCGAACUUUUCAACCCAAGAAUGAGGAGCGAGGCACUGCGAAAGAAACUGGCUCCGAACGGCGAGGUUAUUUUCGUGACAGUUUCCCGCAUCGCUGGUGAGAAAGGCUUCGAUUUUCUUGCCAAGGCAGCAAAGGAGCUUGAUGCUCGAGGGCUUGACUUCAAGCUGUAUAUCGUGGGUGGCAAUCGCAACCCUGACGUGGAGAAGGAAGUGCAAGAACUGUUCGAUCCUUUGAGGGAGAAGGGCAAGGUUGUCUUCGCAGGGUUCCAGGUUGGAGAGGACUUGGCUGCCGCGUAUGCAAGUGGUGAUAUUUUUCUCCAUUGUUCCAUCACAGAAACAUUUGGUCUCGUUGUUUUGGAAUCCAUGGCUAGUGGUGUUCCAGUCGUAGCCCGCGACGAAGGUGGUCCGUCUGAUAUCGUUCAGCAAGGGGACAACGGAUUUCUUGUUCCACCGAAUGAUCUUGACGGAUUCGUGGCCAAGGCAAUGAAACUCGGACGGGAUCAUAACCUCCGGGCGCAGAUGGGUCACUCUGCCAGGGCUUACGCAUGCGAGGCGACAUGGGAGAAGAUUAACAACAAGGUAGCAUGGCGCAUGGCGGACACUAUCUUGGAGCGGAAGCGCGAGCGACGAAGUCCUCCAAGUCGCACGCCCUCAUAUUUGAGAACAUCGACAGAGCCGCUCAUCCCAAUUUAUGGCUGGCUUAUGAUGAACGAUGCUAUACGCGAGACAGUCACACGUGGUAUCGUUGAUGCACGGUUGAUGGGUGGGUUGGGCGUCAUUCUCUCCUUCUGGAUGGUGACAGGAUGGUACAUGGCAUUCACAGAAUGCUUCCUCUGGGCCAAGGGGCGAUGGAGGAGUGCGGAAAGGAGGUUGUCAGUCUCAUAG